AUGUGGGACGUGCUGGACGGCCGUUCGCUGACCGCCGAGGCUCUGGCCCGUGCAGCUGUUGUCGUCGCUGUCGAAGUGCUUCUACUUGGCACUUCAUUUCUCAAUAUAUGCGUCAUAUUUACCACUGCCGACUUGUACGACGUGAUCGGAUGUUAUUUGAUAUCUCUAUCGGUUGCGGAUCUGUUGGCAGCGUUAUUCAUCGUACCGCUCAGUUUGUAUAGUACGUUGGAUCCAACUUGGCGAUUUAUGGGCGACAAUUCUCUUGUUUGUAAGGGUAGCGCCUAUCUUCAAAUCGCAUUGUUUUGCUCCACCGUCUACACAUUUGCCUGGAUUUGUAUCGAUAGGUAUUCCGCAAUGAUGAAGCCUUCGCGAUAUGCGGAUCAAUCUCUUACACGGUGUAAAUGUUGGAUUGUCUUUAGCUGGAUUACUUCUCUUCUAUUGUGCUGUCCAAUAGUUGUUGCACAAAUGCAGGUAGUUUUUCUCGAAGAAGCUCAGUUAUGCGUGCUUGACUGGUCUGCUACAUCAGCUUACAGCAUGACCUUGCUCGUUCUUGUAUUCCUGCCCACAAUUGUUACAGUAUUCAAUACAGGAUAUAAAAUCAUNUUUUUUUUUCUCGAAGACAGCCAACGUAUGGUAAUUGAGACCGAUCCAAAUUUCGUGCUCACCAUGUUCUUGCUAGUCGCUUUCGUUCUCUCAUGGCUGCCUUUGUUAUGUCUCAAGGUAUUCGAAUACUUCAUUCCCCCACAGGCCGAUGCUGACCUGUCCUUGGCCACAUUUAUAUUUGUGUGGUUGGCGAUAGCGGGACCAUCAGCCAAAUUCCUUAUCUACAUGUUCAUCAAUGGAGCUUUUCGGAGCAGUUUUCUGUCAUGGAGGCCGUGUUUGACGGUUUGCUGCCCAGUGAAUAGACAUCAGGAUUAUCGUGACAUCACUUUCAAUUCGUAUUUGUAG